GGUGGCAGGAUUAUAAGUAGAUGGGAUGCUGUCAACAACUGGUCGGGCAGGAAGGAAAGUGUCAAUUGUGCGUUUGUUAGUUUGCAUCUAAGAGCAAGUCAGAUUUGUUUACAUAUACUUAGCGUAAGGUUCGACAUUUUAAACAAUCCUGUCGUAUUCGCGUAUUAUCCUACAAAACAGCAAUGGGCGAAAAAGUUUUGUAGACGAGCUAACGUUAGCAAACUGAAUGUCUUUCAGUCAGUUGCAAUUGUCAGAAGUUGGCUAGUUCCAAGCUAGCAACUACGUAGCUAACGUACAGCGAAGACAGGCUGCUAUUUACUGUGAGCGUCUCAGAGAGUGGGUUGUGGCCAGCGAGAGAAACAGCACGUCUGUCGAGUUUCUGUAUACAUCUACAGAUUUCCCUAUUUCGGACGCGAGGAGCUGGCUGAGAUAUCCCACCAUGGACCCGUUUGACAGUAACAGUACAGAGCGAGCCAACCUGCCAAGGAACAUGAUUGAGAACAGCAUGUUUGAAGAAGAGCCUGAUGUUGUGGAUUUGGCAAAAGACUCCGCUACAUUUCCGACAUUUCCUGCUCUUGACCCAGAUGAGGUGGCAUAUGAGCCUCGUAGCUCACGGUUGCUUGUGCGAGGCUUGGGAGAGAAUGACAUGGACGAGGAUGAGGAGGACUGUGAGUCUUCAGCCCGUCUGCUGGGCAUGUCGUUCAUGAACCGUAGUUCCUCUCACAGACCCAGCUCAUCCCCUUACACCAGACAACCCCCACCCAGGUCAUGUUCACGGCCCUCAGCCCGUACCAUGGUUGUAUGUGUGUUAUUCUUGGUGAUAGUGGCAUCUAUGACUAUGGUACUGUACUUCUUACCUGGUUGUACUUUUACCAAGAUGGGAUGUAAGCCGAACAAGACCACUCCCAUUGAGCCAGUGUACCCUGAGUCCACAAAUGGAUCACUGUUUCCAUGGGCACAGCUCCGGCUGCCUCAGAGCGUGCAUCCUCUCAGCUAUGACCUCACCCUGAACCCUGACCUCGACAACAUGAGUUUCAGCGGCCGCACUGUUAUUGACAUGUUAGUGCUUCAUAACACCAAGCGCAUUGUCCUGCACAGUGCUAAUCUCAACAUUACCAAAGCUACCUUCAAGCUGGGUGAUGGUGACGCCAGUGAUGUGACUGUACUGGAGUACAAACCUGCGCAGCAGAUAGCUGUGAAGUUCACUGAGGACCUGAAAGCAGGCCAGCACUGUGUUUUGACCCUGGAAUACUCCGCCAAACUUUCACACACCUAUGAUGGCUUCUACAACAGCUCAUACACGGAUAAAGACGGAAAGAAAAGGGUCCUAGCUGCAACCCAGUUUGAGCCACUGUCAGCCAGGAAGGCCUUUCCUUGCUUCGAUGAACCAGCUUUCAAAGCCACCUUCCUGGUUAAAAUCACCAGAAAACGAAACUAUAUGACUCUUUCUAACAUGCAUAAGGCUAUUACCACAGUUCUUCCCAAUGGCCUCAUGAGAGAUGAGUUUGAAAGGACAAGUGUCAACAUGAGCACCUACCUGGUGGCCUUCAUUGUUGCUGACUUCACCCCUAUCAGCAAAAAUGUCUCAGAAACACUGGUGUCUGUGUACUCAGUGCCAGAGAAGAAGGAGCACACUGAAUAUGCUCUGGACACAGCCUCCAAACUGCUGGAGUUCUACAAUCAUUUCUUUGAAAUUGACUACCCGCUCAAAAAACUUGACUUGGUAGCCAUUCCAGACUUCCUGGCUGGAGCCAUGGAGAACUGGGGACUCAUCACUUUCAGAGAGACCAGCCUGCUGGUGGGAAAACAGUCCUCCUCUUUGGAAAAACAAGUAGUUGCCUCUGUCAUAGCCCAUGAGCUUGCACAUCAGUGGUUUGGAAACCUGGUAACGAUGAGCUGGUGGAACGAUCUGUGGCUCAAUGAAGGUUUUGCCACUUACAUGCAGUACACAUCACUUCAAACAGUGUUGCCUCAGCUGGACAUUGGAAAUUUGUUCCUGGCAGUGCGCUUCAGAGCCAUGGAAAAAGACGCGUUAAACUCCUCCCACGCUGUUUCAACAGAGGUUAAUACACCUGAACAAGUGGAGGAGAUGUUUGACUCUGUCUCAUAUGAAAAGGGUGCGUCCAUUCUUCUGAUGCUGAAGGCCUCACUCCCAGGAGAUGGACAGUUCAGAAAGGGUAUCAUCCAAUACCUGAAUCAGUUCAGUGGAUUAAACACAGACACUAACGACCUCUGGAACAGCCUUACACAGGUCGACGUGUCGACGCAGCAUCCAAAUGUGUCAGAGAUGAUGAGCUCCUGGACGUCGCAGAAAGGCUUCCCAUUGGUAACUGUAAGCCGCAAGGGAGAUGAGGUGACGCUGACACAGGAGCACUUUCUACUCACGUCUGACAAUGCCACGCAUACUUCAAGCUUGUGGAAUAUUCCAGUGACAUACGUAAACGACAGCUGUAGUUCGGCCCCUGAGUGCAGACAAGUGUUCACUCUGAAGACUAAGUCAGACACAUUCAAGCUGCCAGAGAGUGUAAAGUGGCUGAAAUUGAACUAUAGAAACACAGGCUUCUACAUCGUUCAUUACGGAGACAAGGGCUGGGCUGCUCUUAGAGAUGCUUUGUCCAGCAAUGUCAGUGUUCUUACACAUGAGGACCGUGCCUCGCUCAUACACAACAUCUUUGCUCUCUCCAGACUGGGACGGGUGUCCUUCCGUCAUGUCUUCAACCUGUUAAACUACAUGACCAAUGAAACUGAGACUACUCCUGUGUUAGAGGCCUUGUUACAGCUCAACAAUUUGUACAGGCUGCUCGACAAGCGACAGGAGCACGCUCUUGUUGCCCGCAUGAAGGAUUAUAUUCUGCAUCAAUUUGGUUCUCUGAUGAAGAAACAAUCAUGGGAAGAGGAGGAGAGUGUGUCUAAACAAGAGCUGCGUUCAGCCCUGCUGGAGACAGCCUGUGGUCUAACUGAAGAAAACUGCACUCAGCAAGCCAAAGCCCUGUUCAAAAAGUAUGUCGAUUCCAAUGGGACCGCAAGGAUCCCAGGCGACCUGCAGCAGGUUGUAUUCAAUGUGGCUGCUCAAUCAGGUGAAGAUUGGUCGACUUUGCUCGACAUGUACGGACAUGUGACCUAUGAUGCAGAGAAGCGGAAAAUGCUCCGAGGCCUAGCAUCCACUCAGGACGCACGGCGUAUAGUAUGGAUUCUAAACGCAGGUCUUAAGGGGAACAUCAUCCAGACACAGGAGUUGCCUUUGGUCAUCAACACUGUGUGUAACGGCUUUGCCGGCUACUUGUUUGCCUGGGAUUUUAUACAAGAGAACUGGGACCGCCUUAUAGAGAAGUUCCCUGUGGGCUCCUUUGCCAUCCAGACAGUCAUCAAGUCUGCCACCUCCCAGUUCUCCACACAGGCACACCUCAAUCAAGUGAAGGGUUUCUUCUCCAGUCUGAAGGAGCGCGGCUCUCAAAUGAGAAGUGUGCAGGAAGCUCUAGAAACCAUCAGACUGAACCAGCGCUGGAUGGAUAAGAACCUGCCCACACUCCAAAAAUGGCUCUAACAGGUGCCCCAUGCAGUCUCCACCCCACUAACCUGCAGUCGAGGUGUGUCGUCAAGACGACAGCAGUGUUUGCACUAUUGUAGGACUGUGUCUCAUCACUCCCUUUAUCCAGGUUAGAGUUCUAUAAUCAAAGACAAAGGUUGUGCUCUACCUGGGUGGACACGGUGUUUGGUUUUCUGAGACUGGUCCUGUGAGUUGUAUUUGCUAGCUCAGGGUGGCUCUGAUUGUGUGUCUGACCGAGUGCUGUCAGUUGCAAACACACACUCCUCACACUUAAUGCUGUCGACCAAACCUCUCCUCUGCAUUUAUCAUGGAAACCUCAUGCCUGAGCAGACAAUCAUGCUUCACCCACACUCCUUUCGCUCAGCCUGCUCUCAGGCACUAAACCGUAUGAGCUGUGUAAGGGCCAAUUCUAAAAGAGCGGGUAUUAUGAAUGUCAACAUCACUGUCUUUGUAAAUCAGUCCUGGACCUUGUCUCAAUGCAGCUGUCAGGGAUUCCUCAGUGAUGAGAAGUUGAAAUUACCGGUACUUGAGAGAUAGAAUUAUUCUUAUCUAACCAACCUUUUAUCGCUGUGUAGAAACAAUAGCUGCCUGCCAUUCUGAACUCAUGCCAGCCAAAGCAUUUACUAGUGGAGUCAUAGUAUGGCUAGAAGAUGAGUUGGUUGAUUGAUUAAUAGCUAAAAAUACCAAACUUGUGUUGGCAUCAAUUGAAUGUACUGAAAAACCUUCCUACUGCGCACAUUAGAUGGCAUACUGCACAGCAGUGCAGGUUUAAAUCAACAACCAAUGUGUCUUAGGUGAGAGCAGGCAGUGCACACUGGAGACAAAUGUUCCCUUUCUUUCGCUACAGUCAUAAACCUGCUUUAACUCUGGUUCUGAGUUUUAUUUUUGAUUGCUUUUUGCCCGCAGAGCAGUCACUGCACAGACAUUAAUUCUGUGUGCUUGUAAACUUGUAAUUAUAAUGUAAAUAUGCUCAAACCUACAAACUUUUCCGCAGCGAUUUUUGGAUGUAUUGUUUUAACCAUCUUGGCUUUCUUGAUUUUCAGAUUUUCCUUGUGUUCUGUAAAUAGAGUGUAAAGAGGAGAUGUACAUAGAGUUGAUCAGGAGUCAAAUGCUUUUACUGUAUUUCUUGAUUUAGAUGACCCCAGGGAGGUCAUUUGCUGAAGAAUGUUUGUGUUUUAAGGGCUAAUGUGCAUAUUGAGGAUACAAGUGUAUAGAAGAACAUCUAUAUUGGGCAAGACUGGUCUGUUCAGUAAGCUGUUGCUCAUCAGCCUAACAAAAAUACAGAAGGUUUAAAGUUACUCCAAUGUUAACCCGCCGCUAAAGAGUAGCCUGGCUAUUUAUUGAGUGUCUAAUAAUGUUUAUUUAAAUACAGUUGUGCACUCAUCUUGAGCUUUACUUAAUGUGGUACUGCUUACUUAUUCACUCCAUCACUGUCAUGAUAUUCAGGAUAAUUUAGUAAAUGUACUGCAGAUUAGGUCAUUUUCUUUCCCUAACAUCGUCAUUAGACUUGCAUCUCUGUCUCUGUAAUGUAAAAAAAACAAACAAACAAAAAAAAAACCCUAUGAACACAAGUUCAUCAAAAUAUUACCAAAGUGUCACAAAGAUGACACACGAGAUCUGGGCUGAAUUCCCAGUACUGUUACCUCUUGAUUUGUUAUGUGUUCCAAUGAACAUCGUUGGCCCUGCGCACAGGUCAUGAAAGGGUCACGUGUUUGUUGCUGCAGGAGUGCUAGUGGUUCGUCAAAUGGACGUAAGGGAGUGGAGGUCAAAAAAGUGCACACACCAAGAGACUCCACAUGCAAUGGCAUGGCUGUGUAUGCCACAUUUGGGGUGCAUGUUAUGAAGGGUUACAGUACAGAGAAUCAUGCAUUCCAAACAGUUUAGAAAAGAUAAAUCUGUGUAAAACUCUACUUUUAAGGAGGUCGUCACAGUUUGAAUCACUCUUGCCACUGACUUAUUCAGCCUAUUCCAUUACAGUUGCACCGACAUGAUAAUAUGGCACUUGCCUUUAAAUAUACAUAUUAUACUUUUAUGUUGUAACUAAUUAAAAUGAUUUUAUUGUUUAAAAGAGUCUUUUUUACAGAUUCCAGAAUUCACAUUAAUUAAUCAGUUUUAUUGAGGCUCUGACUUUGGUUGUCCACCAAACUUUGGUCAGAAAAUAUGAAGAUGUCUGAAGUCAGAUACAGUAAGCUUUCAGAGACGAGUGUUACUGACGUCAUUUAGGUAGAGGGUGUUUAGCCAAAGUCGUUGAUGUAGCCUGUCUGGUGGGAGGAUUGUAGUAGAGUACCAUGUGUGCAGUAAAUCCAAUCAGAUUGUCUUUGUCUUUGCACUGGGAUGAAAUGCUGCAGAUGCUCAUGAAACUGUCGCUCUGUGAACAAAAUAUGAAUAAAAAAUGUUUUCUGAA